CUAUACACAGGCUAUAUCCAGACUAUACACAGGCUAUACACAGGCUAUAUCCAGACUAUACACAGGCUAUACACAGGCUAUGCACAGGCUAUAUCCAGGCUUUAUCCAGGCUAUACACAGGCUAUACACAGGCUAUAUCCAGGCUAUAUCCAGACUAUACACAGGCUAUACACAGGCUAUACACAGGCUAUAUCCAGGCUAUACACAGGCUAUGCACAGGCUAUAUCCAGGCUUUAUCCAGGCUAUACACAGGCUAUGCUAUUGAUGCAGACUCAGUUUGUGUUAAGUUUUCUCAGUACAACACAACAUAAUGGUAUGAGACAAUAGGUUAUGUCCAUUAGAAACGGAUAAGGAGGUUUGUGUUGUACCGCUGUUAGUUUUGUCAGAUGAGAUGACUAGGGUGUUGUUCCCAACACCACCAGCAGGGGUCACUUCUCUAUAGAGAUCAGUGGACACACACACACACAGUCUUGUACAGCUAACUUUGUGGGGACACACAAUUCAGUCCCAUUCAAAAUCCUAUUUUCCCUAACCCUUAACCCAUACUCUUACCCUAACCUUAACCCAACCUUAACCCUGAACCUGACCCUUUCCUUAACCCUAACCCCAAAACUAACCCUAGCUCCUAACUCUAACCUUUAAUGUUAUUCUAACCCUAAAACUAAUUCUAACCUUAACCCCCUAGAAACAGCAUUUGACCUCGUGGGGACCAACAAAAUGUCCCCAAUUUGUCCAAUAUUUGUUUGUUUACUGCUCUUUAUAGGGUCGCCUAGUGGUUAUAGCGUUGGACUAGUAACCGGAAGGUUGCAAGUUCAAACCCCUGAGCUGACAAGGUACAAAUCUGUCGUUCUGCCCCUGAACAGGCAGUUAACCCACUGUUCCUAGGCCGUCAUUGUAAAUAAGAAUUUGUUCUUAACUGACUUGCCUAGUUAACUAAAGGUAAAAAAAAAAUAUAUAUAUAUAAUAGUUAAACACGUCCACACACACACACACACACACACACAGUAAGAGGAAGUGAGAGAUAGAGUAACCUGUGUGUGUGUGUGUGUUCAACUGGAACAUGCAGGUGUCCCUUUCCUUCUGACUGAAAACAGGACUUACUGCUCUCACCCUACUGGUGGAUUUGCCCCUGACCACUGAUAUAAGGUCAGUUUAACAUUAACUCUGAUGGUUGAGAAUAGGACUGGGAGAGAGGGAGCUGAUCCUAGAGCUGUGCUUACAGGCAACUACGACCUAGUAAUCUGACAUGUUCACAAUGGCCUUUGUUUGCCAUUUAUUAAAUAAUCAAUUGACCAAUUAAAGAACCAGAUAAAAAAUAAACAUGAAUAGAAGAACAUGGUAGAGACAACAGUUCUGUAUGUGUACUCCCAGGUUCUGUAUGUGUACUCCCAGGUUGUGUAUAUGUACUCCCAGGUUGUGUAUGUGUACUCCCAGGUUCUGUAUAUGUACUCCCAGGUUCUGUAUAUGUACUCCCAGGUUCUGUAUAUGUACUCCCAGGUUCUGUAUAUGUACUCCCAGGUUCUGUGUGUGUACUCCCAGGUUCUGUAUGUGUACUCCCAGGUUGUGUAUAUGUACUCCCAGGUUCUGUAUAUGUACUCCCAGGUUCUGUAUGUGUACUCCCAGGUUGUGUAUAUGUACUCCCAGGUUCUGUAUGUGUACUCCCAGGUUGUGUAUAUGUACUCCCAGGUUCUGUAUGUGUACUCCCAGGUUCUGUAUGUGUACUCCCAGGUUCUGUAUAUGUACUCCCAGGUUCUGUAUAUGUACUCCCAGGUUCUGUAUAUGUACUCCCAGGUUCUGUGUGUGUACUCCCAGGUUCUGUAUAUGUACUCCCAGGUUCUGUGUGUGUACUCCCAGGUUCUGUAUGUGUACUCCCAGGUUGUGUAUAUGUACUCCCAGGUUCUGUAUAUGUACUCCCAGGUUCUGUAUGUGUACUCCCAGGUUGUGUAUAUGUACUCCCAGGUUCUGUAUGUGUACUCCCAGGUUGUGUAUAUGUACUCCCAGGUUGUGUAUAUGUACUCCCAGGUUGUGUAUAUGUACUCCCAGGUUGUGUAUAUGUACUCCCAGGUUCUGUAUGUGUACUCCCAGGUUCUGUAUGUGUACUCCCAGGUUCUGUAUGUGUACUCCCAGGUUCUGUAUAUGUACUCCCAGGUUCUGUAUGUGUACUCCCAGGUUGUGUAUAUGUACUCCCAGGUUGUGUAUGUGUACUCCCAGGUUCUGUAUAUGUACUCCCAGGUUGUGUAUAUGUACUCCCAGGUUGUGUAUGUGUACUCCCAGGUUGUGUAUAUGUACUCCCAGGUUGUGUAUAUGUACUCCCAGGUUCUGUAUGUGUACUCCCAGGUUCUGUGUGUGUACUCCCAGGUUGUGUAUAUGUACUCCCAGGUUCUGUAUGUGUACUCCCAGGUUCUGUGUGUGUACUCCCAGGUUGUGUAUAUGUACUCCCAGGUUGUGUAUAUGUACUCCCAGGUUCUGUAUGUGUACUCCCAGGUUCUGUAUGUGUACUCCCAGGUUCUGUGUGUGUACUCCCAGGUUCUGUAUAUGUACUGACCCAGGUUCUGUAUGUGUA